AUGUCCUCUAUUCUCGAGCACGUCUGUACAUUUUUCAUCGUGAAUGCCACCACUAACCGGAGCUACUUGAAGAUUAUAUUGGAUGCCAGGGGUAUAGGCAGAGAAUCAAUAUCAGCUCAAGCCCAGUCAACGAGUGAACUUGUAAUUUCGGCUAGCAGUGAAACAAAUGACGGUGAGUUAAUAGUCAGGCGAUACGUACGGCAACAGCUUUCCGUUCCACCUGGUACCGAACUGAAGCAUACAACGUUUGUGCUUCGACGAAGUGGAUUUCUUGUGAUCGAUAUACCCCUUGUUCUGAAAAUUUGCAGCGCAGUCGAUCAGCACAGUCAGAAAACCGAACAUGCUGCAUCACCACCUGCAAAUGCUGAAACUGUGAGCAUUUCUCCCCCUGGCCCGAAGGAGGCUGUUUUCCAUCAACUUGAUAAGCAUCAAACAAAAAGAGAGGGUAACGAACUAAUCCUCAAGAUACCAUUGGACCGGAUCUACUCCAGGGACAAGAUAACCGUAAAAAUAAUGGAUCGAUCGGUUUGUGUAACUGCAUCUGCUUUGGAAGCUCCAAACAAUACGAGGCCAUACAUGAUUCAACGAACUUUCUACAAGGAAUACGAGGCCUCUGACUGCAUUCCAGAUCCUAAAACAAUCAGGUUUGAUCUAUAUGAUAACUGGUUGUUUGUGCGGAAGCGUGUCAAAGAUGAAAUAAAAUUCUUCUUUGGCGUAACUUCACUGUUCACGUCGGCUGAUAUAAAUGCUGCAAGGACGAUGGUCGCUGAUCUUCUGGACUGCCGAGGAACCAAUAAUGGAACUCUUGGGAGAGAAAUAAUAUGCCUUUUAGCCCAUCCAGAAAUUGUCCCGCAUUGUCGACUGAUGCAUUCAAACUGGAGACCGACAGGCUUCUAA